AUGUACAUUCCCAAGCACUACAACGAGGACAGCUGGGACCAGAAGGAGCUGCUCAUUGUGCACCACCCGCUUGGAACGGUCGUUACUAUGGACUCAGGCAAGAUCAUCGCCAACCACAUCCCUUUUUAUCUUCACAGGGAUGACGCCACGGGGAAGCGGUACUUGCACGCCCAUAUGGCGAAGAAGAACCACCAGAUGCCUUCACUUUUGCAAAAUGACAAUGUCUUGGUGAUUUUUCAAUCCCUGGACUCAUACAUCACUCCGUCGUAUUACCCGGAAAAGCAGAAAACUCACAAGUUUGUGCCCACAUGGGACUUUGCGGCCCUUCAUGUCUACGGUAAACUGCGUAUAGUGGAUGACUUUGACUUUGUCAGGAGGCAGUUGGUCAACUUCACCAACCAGAACGAGUCCACGAGAGAGAAGCCUUGGAAAGUGACCGAUGCUCCGGAAGGGUACUUGAAGAUCAUGCAGAAGGCCAUAACGGGGCUCGAAAUUGAGAUUGGCGACACAGAGUGUAAGUAUAAAUUCGAGCAGAAGAUGAGCAGAGAGAAUAUAGACGGGGUGAUACAAGGCUUGGCUCACGAUGGAGUUGCCGAGGUUUCAGCAUUGGUAGAAAGUUGCAACAAGGAGUAA